CUGAGCGCCCUGGGAAUGGACUCCCCGCCCCCCGGGGCCCCCGACCUCAUCCACCUGGGAACAUGUGGGGUUCAGUCAGACUCUCCCCCGGCCCCAGCCCACUCCCGGGCCGUCCACUUCACCCUCCCAGGCAGCGCGCGCUGCUCGUUGCUGGCGUGCGGCUCCGGGGGUGUCUGUGUCUUUCUCUUCCUGGGGCUGCCUGGGGCUGCCUUCCCAGACAUGUAG